AUGGUUCACGCUGCCUUGGCUGCCCUCAUCCCGCUUGCUUACACUACUGCUACUAAUGCUCUUCCCGUCGACCCUCCUUUGGCCUCUCGAUACGACAACUCUGGACGUGGCCUCGCCCGUCGACAGCGAGGCGGUCCGCGCUGGACCACCUCUGCUAGAUGCUACACCGACAGUAUCAGUGCCCGUACCCUGACCGGUGCCGAGUUUGUCUCCGAAUCAAUGACCACCGACGCUUGUUUGGACUUCUGCUACUCAAAGGGAUACAAGUACGCUGGUACCGAAUGGAGCAAAGAAUGCUAUUGCGACAGCGACUUCCGCAAUGGUGGCUCUCCCGUUGAUGACGGCUGCGAUAUGGCAUGCUCUGGAGCCGCCGACGAAACAUGUGGAGGUGGUAAUCGCCUCAGCAUCUAUGAGUACCUCGAUGACGUCUCUCCAUCACAACCUAGCAAUCCGGGUUGGAGCUCGCAAGGGUGUUACACGGACACGGUUGCUAACCGUGCUCUACCAAACCAGGUUUAUGUGGACGGUGGUAUGACUGCCGACAAGUGCACGUCCAAGUGUUUCAGCCUUGGCUAUCCUCUCGCAGGCGUUGAGUACGGUCACGAAUGCUUCUGCGCAGACUCCAUCGGCUCCUCUGGCGUUCCAGCUGAAAGCGGAUGUGAUAUGCAGUGCACGGGUAACGCCAACGAGAUUUGCGGUGGUGGGAACCGCCUGAACGUCUACCAAUACACCGGCGCAUCCGCCCUUCCCUCGGUUGGAGACUGGGUCCUUGACGGUGACACCGGAUGCUAUACUGACAUUGUCUCAAACCGUGCGCUCGGUCUUCGCGUCUAUGUCGACGGCGCAAUGACCGUACCCAAAUGCACUGAAAAGUGCUUCUCUCUAAACUAUGGUUAUGCUGGAUUAGAAUUUGCCGACGAGUGCUAUUGCUCCCAUUCCAUUGGCUCGUCUGGCGUUCCGGUUUCGGAUGGUUGCACCAUGUCAUGCUCUGGAGACAUGUCUACCAUCUGUGGGGGUCCCGAUAGACUCACGAUCUACAAGUACCAAGGCACGGACCUGACGCCUGCUCCGAUCGUCCUCGAGUCUUACAAUGGCUUCGCGAGUCAAGGGUGCUAUACUGACUCGGUCCACGCUCGCAUCAUGACUCCAAUCUCUGUGGAGGGCUCAAUGACCGUGGAAAAGUGCAUUGACGCCUGUGCUGCAUCUAGUUAUACGGUGGCUGGUGUCGAAUUCGGUGCCGAAUGUUACUGUACUGCGACGUUGCCUGCAGAGAGCCUCAAGGCGACAGAUAACUGCAACGUGCCCUGUGCCGGGGAUCCUGCUCACCUGUGUGGCGGAGCGGACCGACUCAACGUAUAUCAGCAUCAAGCCCCAGUCACAUCGACCACCUCAACAGUCUCGAAUACUGAGACGAGUACAUUAACACCCGAAAUUCAGACCAGCGCCUCGACGGACAUGAGCGUAUCGACUCCUCUCCCAACAGCAACCUCCGUCCCCGAAGAACGUCCCUUGCCGGUCAAUCUCGGUUGCUUUGUUUACGGAUCACAAAGCUCAGCUGGAAAGUUGGCCUUUAACAACGGCCCCUGGACCUACUUGAGGGGUGUGGGUGCAAGUGCGGUUGGGUGUGUAUCGUACUGCGGUUCGUUGGGUUUAGAUGUGACGUUGGUAGCCAACACGGAUUGCGUAUGCAUCUCAUCUUCUCGUCUCGGUGACCUCAAUACUAGUGGAGGGGGCUGUGAUUUCUCAUGCACUGCCGCUGGCGAGGAAUCCUUGAUGUGUGGAAAUGGAGAUGGAAUGGCGUAUUCGGUGUAUCAACCCACUACCAGCAAUGGAGCCUCCACGACAGUGAUCUCGACAAGCGACAUCAUUCCGAUGCCUAGUCCUACGACGAUCUGA